AUGGAAUAUUAAAAACAAUCCAAUUUGUCGUAAAUAUAAAAAGGUAGUUGGAUCAUCUGGUGACUGCCGUUUCAUUUAUGACUUUAAACAAAAGUGGAAACGAGUAUAUCUGACAUUUUACUUGCUAUUUAAAUUGGCCAAACAAAACGCACAGCUAACAAACAUGGAUGUAAAUAAUGCUAACAGUUAACGCUCAGCAAGCUAUUUGUUUCUUAACCCUCACGUUUUAGCAAGUCACAUAGGUGGGAGAAGGUUACUCAAUAGCACUGUCAUAACGUUAUGUGUAUCAUGUAGGCGCUUGAGUACCGCUAUGUGUUUAAUGAAACAAUCGCCCUUCUUUCCGACGGCCCGUGAACGCAGCGCUAGCUCUGGUUCGGACAUGGUGGUAGCAUCACACCAGCGUAUGAAUGGGUUUGUGUCGGGCCUCCUGUAAGCUUUGCUCCCCGGGGAGCUAAUACAUAUUAUUUUGAUAACUUAUUAUUUGGCUGUUAUCAGCCUACAAUCACUCCUUUCCCCAGGUCUGCCUGGGCCUUCAAAGAUAACAUAUCUUAGCUCACUCUCCUCGACCAUAAUGGUAUGCUAACCGGUGGCAGAGAUUAGCUAGCAAGCCGCUAGCAACUUUAGUUAAUGUUGAGGUAGCUAGUUGACUUAAAUGGGUAGGACAUGAGAUAUUACACUUCUCGACAAAGUAUAAAACGUGUGUGAUUGUUUGUUCGGAGUGAAUCAUCUCAAAAUGGACCUCAAUUUCUACUCUGACCUGUCUGAUGCCCAAAAUGUUGAUUCAGAGUUUUUGGACACCCAAGCCUAUGGUGGAUACUCUGAGGAAAACAAGUUCACAGAAGGCGGCGACAGUUAUCUGACCAUCAGUGGAGCGGGACACCCUUUUCUGUCCGCCGAGCAGACGUUCCAUACUCCCAGUCUCGGGGAUGAGGUUUUCGAGAUUCCCCCCAUCUCCCUUGAUCCAGACCCGACUCUGAGCAUCAGUGAUGGAGUCUCCCACUUUGAGUUGACGGAUGGGUCAGGCGGCGCAGGGGGACCUUCGGGCUCCCGUAGCCUCGUCAGUAACCUGGUGGUGGAGGCCAAUGACCCUUCCUUUGCUUCCACCUUUGUGAACUCUGGGUCUCAAGGCCUGGAGCAGCUGAACCUUGGGGCAAUGGGCCAAGGUGGAGGGGGAGCCCUGCUGAGCUCCUCUGCUCUGGAACUGGGUAAUUCCAGUGGUUCACAUUUCAGCAGUUCGUCCCCCAUGACCAUUGAUGUCCAACUUGGUGACAUCAGUCAUGGUCUUUUGGGAAGCAGCCAUUUGAGCACCAUUAACCCGUCUGAGCUGGCACUUGGUCUUGGGGGUGAUAAAAUGGGGAAUUUUUCAGAAACACACGAGCAGCCACUCUCAGCAACACCAUCCCCAGCUGGCUCCCUGCAGGAUGAGGACAUGGAUGAUUUCAAGAGGAGUGUGCUGGUAGACUCCCCCUUGUAUCUCUCCUCUUCCCUCUCCCACAUGUCCUCCCACCAAGCUCCUACAUCUUCCGUGUCUCUGGCUACAGCCAGGAGGGGCGGGGGAAAGCCGGCCACACUGGCCUCAAUGACUGCGGCAGUGGGAACUAAGAAAGGAAAGAAGAAGAAAGACCCAAACGAGCCACAGAAGCCCGUCUCAGCAUAUGCGUUGUUCUUCAGAGACACCCAGGCAGCCAUUAAGGGCCAGAACCCCAACGCCUCUUUUGGGGAAGUGUCAAAGAUUGUGGCCUCCAUGUGGGACAGCCUGGCUGAGGAACAGAAGCAGGUGUAUAAGAGAAAGACCGAAGCAGCCAAAAAGGAGUAUUUUAAAGCAAUGGCAGCGUAUAGAGAAAACCAGCUCACACUGCCUGCCACUGAGGAGAUGGAGACCGCCCCUUCACCGCCUCCACCGGUAGUCAGUCUGGCACCUGGAGCCUUUAAUUUAGCUGGUCAACAGGCCAUCCGACUGCCUACCAACAAUAUGGAAGAGAACACCAUAACCAACAUUUGUGCCUCCAACAUCAUCCUGGACGUCCCAGAGAUGACCACCCGUUCCCGCACUGGCGCAAACAAAGCCCCCGCUCCAGCAGCUCUGGUACCCCCGUCCAUCACAAAGAUCAUAAUCCCAAAGCACAUGUUGCAGAUGGGGGGCCAGGUGGUGACUGUGUUGCCCAGAGGGGUCCGUACUUUGCAGCCCACAUUGGUAGUGCCGGGUGCCUCUCGUCAACCACCUCCGCUGCAGCAGAUGCAGAACACACCACCUCCUCCGCGGCUCCAGCAAAUGGCGCCAGCACCUCCACCUUUACAGGCCAAGCCCCGCGAGGGAAACCCCACGCUAGGUCUCCCUGUGUCCGUCACGGCUACAUCUCCACCUCCACUCCAGAUAAAGAUAGUUCCUGCGUCCUUGCAGGGCAAAGACGCCAUGCCAAUUAUCGUCCCUAAUACAAUGGCUAUGUCAUCUACCGCAACUACAUUUGCUCAGUCUGCACCAGUCGUGUCGGUACAGGUGUUGAAUUCUGCAGACACGUCGGGCAACACGGAUGAUGACAUAGUUACAGAAGUGCUGCAUUCAGAAGAGGAAGAGAUGGAGGUGAAUGGGUCCGGUGAUGCCACCUCUAUGAGAAGUUUGUGUGUGAGGACGGGCUGUAACAACCCAGCUGUAGAGAGUGACGACUGGGACAGAGAAUACUGCAGCAACGAAUGUGUGGCCACUCACUGCAGAGCUAUAUUUCAGGCAUGGUGCUCGAUCAGGAAUCAGACCAUGGGACUAGUGAAAUGAGCAGCUACCAAUCACGUCAUCAGAACACUUGUUUUUCACUUGGAGUGGAGUUAGGCCAGAAAUUCCAUGUUAGUAUUUUGGGCAAACUGACUAUUGUAAUGAAAUGUAAGGAUAAAAAUUAGUGUUAUGUAUACAGUUUUUAGUCAGGCAUCAACGGACUUCAAGGCAGCUAGAGAAAAAAAUCAGCACAAUGAAGUAAGUCAUCAGGAAAUGGUAUUCUUUUUUUAACCCAUACAGGUCAACUCAUACUUGUUUACUGUAAAUUGGGAGUUUAUUUCGCACGCUCUAACAAAGAAUAUUUCAACAUUUUUACAGCUGGUUUUGACAUGAUUGUACAGUACUCACUGAUUUGAAAUUCAUGCUCUAAUGUUUUGGUGUUUCAUCAUAUGCAAGCAAAACAGCAAUUUCAAUUCUUUCUCAACUACUAACUUAGGCUGAAAUAUGUCUUAGUGUUUGUGGGAAAACAAAUGGUUCCACUGUAUACCUUGUUUUUGUACUGAGAAUAGCGGCCUUUUAGGUUUAAUAUUGCCUUCAUUUUUUGUAAAACAUUCUGUUCAGAUUAUUGUCGUUAAAAAAAGGCUUGACUGUCAUGUUUUCUUAAUAAAUGAACAGACUUGCUCAAACCAGUUUCUCUUUCUGCCAU